AUGUCGCCAAUGGACAUGGAGGAGCUGCGUGCGGGUCGGGAGCCUGACCUGGUAGCCGUGCGCUGCGCCCGGCUGACGCUGCCCGCGCUGCUGCGCAGCGCAAAGUUCAUGCCGCGAGAUGGCGACGACAAGCGGAGCGACUGGAAGGAGGUUGCUUUGGGUGACGUGACGGGUGCGAGUAUUGCGGAAUGGAUGAUGCGCGCGGGCCAGGAGGCGCAGAUGGCGCAGGCUGGCCUCCAGAUGCCACAGAUAAACAUAAGCCUCGUCGAUUACGAAUUCAGCGAUGGGCCUGGAGGGAGCUCAGUCCUUACUUGGCAUGCGCUGAGCCAAAUCCAGGGGACGGCGGCUGAUCCCAACGCGCAAGUGCAAGGUUUGGGAGGCAAGUCGCUCAUGCCCCUGUCCGAAGCUGUUGGACGACCAGCUGUCCCUGGACAAGAAAUGCCUCCGCAGGCGACGACAGGCAGAGCCAUACUGCAGAAGGGGGUGGUCACCUUUGCGUUGGCACUGUCACCUGCAGAUCGCAUCCAGCCGUCCUAUAAGGGCCCGCUUGGCAAGCAGUACUUGGACUACAUCGUCAACAGCCUGAAGCUGACGGCGUGA